AUGAAUCGCGAGGAUGUCGAGUUUCGUACCUUUGAUGGGUUGACGUUACGCGGCUGGCUUUACCCAGGGACAAUUCGAGGGCCAGCUAUUGUCAUGAACCAAGGAUUCAACACGCCAAAAGAGAUCCUAUUACCAGAUGUCGCCGUCUGGUUCCAGCAACAGGGAGUAACGGUACUCUUGUAUGAUAAUCGUUGCAUUGGUGCCAGUGAUGGCGAACCGCGCAAUGAUGUCAAGCCCGCCAAGCUGGUGGAGGACUUUCACGACGCUCUGACCUUCAUGGCCCGUCAUCCCAUGGUCGAUGAGGACAAGAUCACUCUCUACGGCUAUUCAUUCAGUGCCAUGACGGCGCUUGUUGCGGCUGGUCUAGACCACCGUGUUGGAGCGGCCAUUUCGGUGACACCGAUUGCCAACUACGAUUUCAGAGAGAAGGAAAAGAACAACGUCAUGGCAUUGGCAAUGCAGGAUCGUGUCUCCACCAUCGCAGGCAAUGAACCGGUAUACAUUCCCUUUGUGGGUGAUGAUGGCUACAACCCCGCUGGUUGGGGUAACCAGUACAAUAUGGAGCAAUUCCGAGCAUUCCUGGGCACCUCAUUCUUUACCAACCAGACAACAGUGCAGAGCUACUACCAUGUGCUGGCGUGGCAGCCGUACGGGGCGAUGCGCCUCAUCAAAGGGACGCCAAUCAUGAUGGUCACUCCCGCCGAGGACACCAUCUCAAGCCCUGCGGAUCAAAAAGCUGUAUUUGACAUGAUUCCGGAGCCAAACAAGGAGUUCGAUCUAGUUGCUGGGAGAGGUCAUAUGGAUGUCAUUAACGGAGAGGGAGCAGAAGAAGUCCUGGCGAGGCAGCUUGAAUUUAUGAAGAAAUACCUCGAGUUCUAG